UGUCACCAAACAGGAAGUGAGAAUCCUGCAUCAGCACUGGGAGCAGAGUAACAUGUGACCUCUCCAUGGCUCUCAUAGAAGGUGUUGGAGAUGAGGUGACUCUCCUCUUCGCCGUAGUAAUACUCCUCACUGUGCUGGCCCUGGCAUGGGUAUCGACACAUACCACGGAUCGCCUGCCCACGCAUUGGGGACCAUCAGUGUCAGACCCUGGGGGGACAUCAUUGAAUAGCCAUCCAACACAUCCUAGAACUGACCCCAGUCAGAGUAACGGGGAACCCUCACCCGCUAGUGACCCCGCUCAGAGUAACGGGGAACCCUCACCCGCUAGUGACCCCGCUCAGAGUAACAGGGAACCCUCACCAGCUAGUGACCCCACCAAGAGUAACAGGGAACCCUCACCAGCUAGUGACCCCACUAAGAGUAAUAGGAAUACCUUACCCGCUAGUGACCCAACUCAGAGUAACACGGAAUGCUCACCCUCUAGUGACCCCACUGAGGGUAACAGGGAACCCUCACCUGCUAGUGACCUCACUCAGAGUAACAGAGAACCUUCACCUGCAAGUGACCCCAGUAAGUCACCCUCAGCUAUAAGGGAAACGCGCUAUGAUAAUGAGCCCAUCUUGAGUAAUGAUGACUCCCUUCCUAAUACUCUGAGGCACCGGGGUCCUCCCAACGGUCCAGAAAGGGCCCCCUCAGAGGUGGCAGGCACUAUUGUGCUGAGGUUGAAGUUCCUGAAUGAUACCGAGAGGCUGCUCACAGUCCGACCAUCUGAUACCGUCCUGCAUAUCAAACAGACGUAUUUUCCCGGGCAGGAGGACCGUGUCCGGCUCAUUUACCAGGGACAGCUCCUGCGCGACGAUUCCCAAACGGUUUCUGCCCUGCAGCUGAGAGAUGGAUGUGUCCUUCAUUGCCAUAUUUCACAGCAUGCAUCAGGACAGGGCCCCCGUGGGCCAGAGCUGGUCCCAGUGCCUCUUAACAUUGGCAGUCUGCUGGUGCCACUCCUAGGCCUGAUCCUGAUGCUGUUAUGGUAUUAUAAGCUCCAGUACCCCUACGCUUUCACCGCGACGGCCACCGCCUGCCUGGGGGGAGUGACGCUGCUCGUCGGGGUUAUGGCUUUCUCCUCGUACCGCAGAGAGUUUUAACAAAACGGUUCUUCUGAGCCUCAUUUCUCCAUCACAGAUCCUCAAUGAUUGAGUAUCAGGACUUUAUAGAAAAAUGAGAGAAAAAAAUAGCAGAAACCUUCGUAAAACCAUGAAAGGAAGGUAAUGCUUCAUUCACAAGGAAGAGACUCAAUAAAAAUCUAUGGAAUGUG